UUACGUUCCACGUCCCUCCUCUUCCUUCACUUCGAACUUGGGAGGGGACAGCCCGGUGCCCACCGGGACAGCAAGCAGCCUCUGCCCGCUGGCUGGCUGGCACACGUUCCCUUGGCGACCACCACAAUCACAAAACCCAAAAUAUCUGCACCCAAAUCUCAGCCUCCCCACUGAUGCGGUUCCCAUAAUUGAUUGCUGCCUCUUCACCACCAUUGAUUCAUUCUCUUCUGUGGAACGGUGCAGAAGAGAUAUACCCUUUUUGUUUUUCCAUUUGUCAAAGUAGCAGUAUACGAGUCGCCGCCUGUCGUCCUGCUCUGCAGUGUCGGCGAGACCCCCAACUCGCUCGCUCGCGUACACGUAAAACACGCCGCAUCUCCCCGUCUUUCACUGCCUCGGUUCAGCGCCCCAGGUUUUCCAAAAGAAAUAGACGACGCCGCACAGUGGGAGCACAGGCGCCCGGAAUUAAAAACGCAAAGGAAAGGCAAAAAGGAAAAAGGUCCAAGGCCGUCUCCUGACCAGCCCCCGUCGACCACCCAGCAAGGGGUCCACUCGCCGCCUCCAUUCCUCCUUUUGCUCCGUCUUUUCGCUGUCCACCUCACACUCUCCAGACCCUCUGGCCUUUAGGUCUGCAUUUCGUCCCAGUCUGCGAAUUUGAACCUGUUCAGUUCUUGUUCUGCCACCAAACCCACCAAUUCCAGGGUUAUCCCAUCGACCCAUCCCAGCAUCCUGCCAGCAUAAUUUCGGACAACCGCAGAGAAGGGCAAAGAAGGUCAAAACCAAGCACCACGCGAGCCUCAGUCCAGGGUCCCAGCUCAGAAACACAAGAGCCUUCACAUCACCGCGUAGCAGUCGGUGCUCGCUAUCUCAAGGCUUCCUCGUCUACACCUCUCCGCAAACGUCUUGGCCAAAACAAACGACUAGGGUCUUUUUCAUCACUACACCACUUCCCCCCCGACUUUUGCCUAUUACCUAUACCAAAAAAAAAAGUAGAGGGUAGGGUACGUUUCGAUAUCCUGACGUCGUCGGUUCUGCUUCGGCCCAGCCCGUCCUCUGCAAAAGGCAACCCUCGACCACUUAGCCCACGGGCCCACGACCCACGCUUUAGCUUCCUCGCUGCUGCCCCGUGCAGCCUUUUCCAGUUUCCCCCCUCCCCCUUUUUUUGGGUGCCUACGAUCGCUUGCUCGCUCGGAAAAAAAAAAGCGCCUUUACCCCUUGAACACUCUAUCUUUGCGACACCAUUCGCAUCCACAACAGUCCAGUUUGGUUUGGACACACGGGACGACACGUUGGUGGCAAAAAAAAAAAAGAAAAAGAAAAAUAGAUACCGCCUUACCAAGAGGACGGACGCAAGAGGGAAUCGCUCCACAGGCGGACACUUUCGUCCCAUCCAUACCGACACACCUCUCCUGUGACCCUUUCCGGUCGCAGCGAUAUCACGACUACAUCAGGACUACUGCCCGCCGUGGACUCGUAAUUGACAAUGAUGGAGGACAAUCACAUGGGCAAGGUAUCCGGCAUGGAGUGGUCAGAUUCAUCAUCCGGGGCGUCCGACGAUCAGCAACAUGACCAGCAAGAGCAGCCAGUCAUCCAUGCUCCAGUCCCGGUACGACCACGAUUGCCGAGCCGAAAGAGCAGUGGGACCAUGAUUGUACCGCGCGACUCUAUUGAGGUUGGCCCCGUCGAGAUGACGCUUGGGCCCGACGACGUGAGGGCCAUGAGUCCGAGGAGAACGAGCCAGGACCUCGAAAUGCUGAGCAAGGAAGCAAGAGAAGAGUUGCAAAGGCACGCCAAGGCGCUUCAGGACUCGCUGUUGGCCCUCUUCCACCGGAUCGAGGCUGUCAAAGAGGAACACAACAAGCUCGACAACAAUAACAAGUUCCUGCAAAAGUACAUUGGUGAUCUUAUGAGCACUAGCAAGAUCACAGCGCCCAGCAGCCGACCCAAGAAAUGAAAGACGUCGAGCAUCUUUACCUACGUUUGUUUAGCUGGGAUGACGAACAAUGUUCGACACGAAGCACAUGGCUUCAUCAAAAAGAACGGACCUAAUUCAGGCUAUGAUGCCUUACGACAUGAUCCGACUCGAAUUUGCCAGCAGGGGGGCUAUAUGGAAAAGCGGCGAGCGUUUAUACCGACUUGGUGGAUCUCAACAACGCGGAAUCUUUUGGCCAUUUUCUCGGAGUGUAUCUUCAGAGAGAGACGGUUCCGUUGUGCCUGCAUAAGCACUCGAUUCAAGACGGCACGCGUCGGUUCUUUCCCGACUCGGAUUUCUUUUCUCCGACGACGCAAACGGCUCAGGGUCCGGAUGGCGUCUGCACGGCUUUGACCGUGGAGCAUUCGGAUCCCACGCAUUAUCCGUUGUUUCAACCAUUGGCGUCUACCAUGGGUUUUGGGUUCUUUUCAACUUCUCUUUCUUUGUUGUUUUGCGAGUCGCCUUUGCCUCACAUGGGUUAAGAGUUUGAUACCAUUUAUACGCGACUCGCUCUGGGGUGGCAUGGAAAAUAUUAUUGGGGAAUUAUGCACUAUACAUUGGCCAAGGCAACGACCACUUGGCCGACGAGCUUGGUUACUGGACAUGGACUUGGGGAAGCAUUACACUAUGGCGUUGUCCGGAGUCUCGUCUGUCUAUUUUGGGCCAAGUUGGCUUGUUAUCAUUACGAAGUGGAAGAGGAAGAGAGGGGGGUUGUGUAACUAGGAAACUUCCGUUUGUUCAAGAAUACCGACACAAUCAAACUCGAAGCCAGUGUCCAUGCAAGGUCAAUUAUCGGAACUCGAAAGGAAGGGUUCAGCUUCUUACCUGGAUGAGAAGCCUUAAUUAUGUCAUGAGGCGCAGGUCUUCGGGUGUUCGAUAACACACGGUCGUAGCGCCAUGGCAAGAUUUCUUUGCAAUGAUAAGCUUGCGCCGCUCGACGUUGAUUUCAAAAUGAAAAGACUAAAUUAAUUAAAAGAGGAAUCAUGGUGACGAGAAGCCAGCCGUUGGCAUAGAUAGACGGUUUGGGUU